AUGUCUAGCAUGGAAACACCAAAGAAAAGGCGGCCAAGUGAACGCUGGACCUCAUUCGACAAUUGGGAUUACGAUGGGAUGAAGGAGCGCCUUGAAAGGUUCAUGGCGUCGAUCAACAACCCCGCGUUGGUAGAGCAUGCCAAAAUCGUACUCAACUCUCCCGUGUCGAUGAGCGAACCAUUCUCAGCUGGGCAGUACUGGUGCUGUUUUGAACUUGUCGCGCCUGAUGGUCGCCUCAUCAUUGCCCGGGUGCGGCUGCCAAAGCACCCUGACAGCAAGACCAGCGAUAGCGAUGGCGCCGACGAGUACUUGAUUCGAUGCGAAGUCGCGACAAUGGGGUUUCUGCAGGCGAAUGUCACAACCAUCCCAUUCGCAACACUAUUCGCCUACGAAGCACCAGGUUCUGCCAAAGCUGUUAAAGUCGGCGCUACAUACAUGCUUAUUGAAGGAUUCUACGGAAACACUCUCCAGGAUGUUGACCACAGCAUUUACAACCUUCCUGUCUCUACUCAGGAGCGCAUUAUUACGCAGUGGACGUCAUAUCAAGCGGAACUUGCUGCCUUCACCUUUCCCUCGAUCGGCUCAAUCUCACAAUUUCCUACUGAGAAAGGCCCUAUUAUUGGCAAGCUCGCUACGGCUUCGAGUGAUGGUCUUCCCACCGCUGGGCCGUUCCAAUCCGGAUGGAGCUACUUCAAUGCCCUAGCAGAAGCUCGACUCACUCAGGCGCGGAAAGAGAAUGCAUCUAAAAUAUUCAAAGACCCCGACGACCAAGGACCCUUUCAUUUCAACCACAUGGACAUGGGUAUACAGAACAUUCUUGUCGAUGACGACUUUACCAUUCUCGCUAUAAUUGAUUGGGAACUUUCCCAAUCAGUGCCGUGGGCCGUUAACCAUUAUUCAAUGCCCAUCCCACUCAUCCAUUCUGAUGAGGAAAUCAGGGAGAUUCUUAAUGACCCCGGACACAUCGCCCAUCGCAACGUGUCACGCCAGGAAGCGACGAGAGCCAUGUAUCGCCGUAAAUUUAAAGAGGCGGAAGCAGCACUCAAGGAAAGAGGCCCGCCGCUUCGCGUCUCAAUUUCUGAGAUCCUGGAGGGGAAGGCGUCUAGGAUCUACGGAGUGUCUUGA